AUGUCCUCCGUCGCCCAGAAACGUCUCUUCCACGAAUACAAAAACCUCUCUACCAACCCUCCCGAGGGCAUCACCGCCGGCCCCGUCACCGAAGAUGACAUGUUCCACUGGGAAGCACUGAUCCAGGGACCCGAAGGCACGCCCUUUGAGGGCGGCGUGUUCGCGGCUGAAUUGAAGUUUCCCAAAGAUUAUCCGCUUAGUCCGCCGACGAUGAAGUUUGUGGGUGGUGGGGUUUGGCAUCCUAAUGUCUACCCCAACGGAACCGUGUGUAUCUCCAUCCUUCACCCCCCCGGUGACGACCCCAACCAUUACGAACACGCUUCGGAGCGGUGGUCGCCUAUUCAGAGCGUGGAGAAGAUUCUCAUCUCUGUUAUGAGUAUGUUGGCGGAGCCGAAUGAUGAGUCUCCGGCGAAUGUUGAGGCCGCGAAGAUGUGGAGGGAGCGGAGGGGGGAGUAUGAAAGGAAGGUGAGGGAUGAGGUUCGGAAAGGAUUGGGGUUGUGA